AUGAAGUUUUCCCACUCGCUUCAAUUCAAUGCCGUACCCGAGUGGUCUUCCAAGUAUAUCGCCUAUACAACCUUAAAGAAGUUGAUAUAUUCCCUACAAAGGGACAAUCUAAGAAAAGAGCACCAAAAUGGUGACGCCCUGGACGGAAAUGACUUGAAUUUGGAGGAAAGUGCUCAUUUGGUUUCAAGCUCUUUGGCGGAUGCAGCGGGAACUGAAGGUGAUGAAUCUGCUAUAUCGGUAUUUGAAGCAGCAUUGGAUGCAGAAUUGAAAAAAAUCGACACCUUUUAUACCCAGCAGGAACAAUUCAUUUUCAAAAGUAUCGAUGAGUUGAUUCGAGAUAUCGAAAAGUUUGAAAAUGAUAUUGAUACUGCUUUAAAAUCUAGCCAUAGAGUCAGACCAAAGCAAGUAAGAAGAAGGUUUUCAGAGUUUUCUCAUGAAAAUUUUGCCAAUAAUACAACUGAUAUGGAUAUGGAAUUUGCAGAAGGAGAAGGAGAUGACGACGAUGACGAUGAUCUCGAAGAAGAAGAAGAAGAAGAAGAAGUAGAAACAGGCAAUGAAAGAAGAAGAAAUGGGGAAAAUUCAUAUAUUGAAGGUUUGGAAAGGAGGGGUAUCGAAUCGCGCGGCAGAAAAGUAAAAAGAAUGGGGUCGGCACCUGUCAUUCUGAACCCAAAUGUAUUGACUCGAACAAAAUCAAUAGAUGAGUAUUUAAAGAAAUCGCCAACUUUAUGGAAUGAGUUGAGUAAUGCCACAAAUUUGGAUAGUACUAGGUUGUCUCCUCAAUUGGUUAUCCUCAGUGAAGGUCGAAUCAUUUUGAGAAAAAGAACUAUCGGCUUGUUCACAACAUUAUCUGAAUUGAAGUCGUACAUUGAAUUAAACUAUACUGGUUUUGAAAAAGCUUUGAAGAAAUUUGACAAGUCUUUAAAUACAAACAUAAAGGGAAGGUAUUUAGAAAAAUUACCAAAAUAUUCGUACAUUUUUCGAUCAUUGACUGUGAUUAAAGUCAACGAAAGAUUGCACUCUUUGGUGAAACUAUAUGCAUUGAUAUGCAAUCAUCCCGAUGAUUUGGAAGCUGCUAAAGCCGAGUUAUCGGUUCACUUAAGGGAACAUGUUGUAUGGGAGAGAAAUACCGUUUGGAGAGAUAUGAUUGGGUUGGAGAGAAGAACGUAUGCGGCAAACUCGAAAAUCGAACAAAGGGAUGAUAAAGAAUCGGAUUUGAAAAGCAGCGGAGCGAAUUUGAGUGAUUUCAACAUUUCAUUGAAAAACCCAGCAUUGAUAAAAUUGAUUGUAAUUAUAGUAAUCACAGCUAUACUACUAAUUGCAUCACCUUUCAAAGACCUUGCACAAAAGAAUUGCUUUGCAUUAUUGAUCUGCGCUUCUCUCCUUUGGGCUACAGAAGCUAUUCCAUUAUUUGUGACGUCACUACUACUCCCUUUGCUCAUCAUUAUUCUUGAUGUUCUUAAAAACGAUGAUGGGUCAUUAAUGGAUUCAGUGAUGGCAUCAAAGUAUAUAUUGAGUACAAUGUGGAAUUCGGUGAUUUUGUUGUUGCUAGGUGGGUUUACAUUAGCUGCUGCUUUAUCAAAGUAUCACAUUGCCAAAUUGAUCUCCACGUGGAUAUUAUCAAAAGCGGGAACCAAUCCUCCCGUUGUUCUACUCGCUAUAAUGGGGGUUGCUUUGUUUGCUUCAAUGUGGGUCUCCAAUGUUGCCGCGCCUGUUUUGUGCUUUUCUUUAAUUCAGCCAUUAUUAAGAACACUUCCAAAGGGGUCGCUGUUUAUUAAUGCAUUGAUAUUGGGAAUUGCAUUGGCUAGUAACGUCGGUGGUAUGGCUUCCCCUAUAGCUUCCCCUCAAAACGUCAUUGCUUUGCAGUACAUGGAUCCUGUACCUUCAUGGGGCCAGUGGUUUGUAGUAGCAUUGCCUGUAUGUGUUUUAUCAUUAUUGCUCAUUUGGAUGUUCUUGUUAGUAACGUUCAAUUGUAACGGUAAAAAUACUCAUUUAGUUCCAAUUAGAACCAUAGAUGACAAAUUCACACUUAUUCAAUGGUUUAUUUCUUUGGUGAGUAUUGGAACCAUAUUUUUAUGGUGUAUUGCUUCAAAGUUGACUGGGAUAUUUGGAGAAAUGGGAAUUAUCGCUUUGCUUCCAAUAAUUUUAUUCUUUGGUUCUGGUUUAUUAACUACAGAGGAUUUUAACAACUUUCCGUGGACAAUUGUUGUGCUUGCACAAGGUGGCUUGCUGCUUGGUAGUGCAGUUAAAUCAUCCGGUCUCUUGACCACCAUUGCACUUGAAAUACAAUCUCAGGUGCAGGGAUUCUCUUUAUUCGGUGUAACUAUUGCUUUUGGCUUUUUAAUUUUAAUUAUGGCCACCUUUGUGUCACACACUGUUGCUGCUUUAAUUGUGCUUCCUUUGGUGAAAGAAAUUGGAGACAAUAUGGAUGAGCCACAUCCAAACUUGCUUAUCAUGGUGAGCUGCUUUCUUUGUUCUUGUGCAAUGGGUUUGCCAUUAAGUGGAUUUCCCAAUAUAAUGGCAAUUUCAAUGGCUGAUGAAUUUGGAAAACCAUAUCUCACGGUGGGCACUUUUAUUACAAGAGGUGUUCCGUCAAGCUUUGUUGCCUUUGCUAUUGUUGUAAGCGUUGGUUAUGCAACAAUGAGGAUUAUCAAUUUUUGA